AACAAAAUCGAAAUCGAAAUGUCAAUCGCUUUCAAUCAGCUGUCGAUUUUUUAUUGAAGAAUAGAAGAUAAAUUAUUUGUAUAUAAACUAAAAUGUUCAUUGUUAAAUGAAAGUGUAUUGCUAGUGCUGUGGUGUGACAUAAUUCGGCACGGUGGUGUUAGUGUUCGGCGGGGGCGUGUGCGGCGGGCCAUGGCGAUGGUUGCGGUGUGAAGGUGGCGGGCGCGGCUCUCGGGCGCAGGCAUGCGGCGGCAUGGCGGGCGAGGCUGCGGGCACGUCGCGCGGCCUCCGCGUCUACAAGAUCGUGGUGCUGGGCGACGGCGGCGUCGGCAAGUCCGCCGUCACGCUGCAGUUCGUCAGUCACAGCUUCUUGGACUACCAUGACCCUACUAUAGAGGACUCGUACCAGCAGCAAGCGGUCAUCGAUGGAGAACCCGCUUUGUUGGAUAUACUGGACACGGCAGGACAGGUGGAGUUCACAGCGAUGAGGGAACAAUACAUGCGUUGCGGCGAGGGCUUCGUGCUGUGCUACUCGGUGACGGACCGGCGGUCGUUCCGCGCGGCCGCCGAGUACCGGCGCCUGCUGGCACAAGCGAGGCCCUCUGAACGUCUGCCGCUUGUGCUUGUGGGGAAUAAGCUGGAUCUCGCACCACGGUUUAGACAAGUAACGACAGAUGAAGGCAAAGCCCUGGCGACGCAGCUGGGGUGUCCGUUCUUCGAGACGUCGGCGGCGCUGCGGCACUUCGUGGACGACGCCUUCCACGCGCUCGUCAGGGAGAUACGGCGGCUGGAACGACAGAGACAGGCAUCUUUAAUGGGGACCGGUAUAUCGACGAGCGGCGGUCGCAGACGGUGGCGGCGUCUCCGCAGCAUCUUCGCUCUGGUCUUCCGACGGAGAAGAAGGCAUCACACCUCGCCUUAACUGCCCCAUCAUGACACUUCGUAAGAUAUUCACACUAGCAUCAAUGAAAAUCUAAGUUACAACAAGGAGUAUAUAUUUAAUACAGCUGGCAUUCUAGCUAUAUUAGAAUUCGAAGGAAAGUAAACAUAACUUUAGCACAUAACUUUUGUUAUGUACGCUUUGGUAUGUCAAUAAAAUAAUGACGACGAAGAUAUAUUGAUAAAACUAUAAGAGAAAAUAACGUACUUAUUAAGGUUUAGGUACGUACAUUCAAGUUAUUUUUUUAUUUGGCAACACUGUCUUCUAAAAGGUUUUAUCUCUGUAAUUAACUUAACUUUUACAUGUAUAUUACUACUUACAUUUUACAACUUUUGAUAAUUAUGUAAUCCAAUCUACUAAAAAGAGUUGCAAUGUUUCACUGAGAUUUAAGUGCAUUUAAGAAAGCAAUUGAAUUUUAAAUGUCCCUUCUUCUACCUCAAAAUGAUGCUAUUAUUUAUGACACAAGUAUACAUUACUCUGCUGCUGUUGUCUAUGGAAAUAUGUAUUUGAUUUUUAGGCUGAUAACCCAGUGGAAGUUUCCUUGCGCAAUAAGAUAUGCCAAAAUAUGUUCAUCAUGGUCCCGUUUGAAUUGCUCAAGAGCACAAGUAUGGGUAAUAUUUGCUGAAUCUUGCUAGUUUCUUGAGGCCUAAGAUAAUUGUAAAGUGAGAUGCUCAAAUGUCUAUUUUGAGUUUUUAUGUCACAAGCGUAGUUUAGCUUGGCGGGAGAACUACCAUGCCCCCGGGACAAACAUCAAAAAAAUAUUUGUAUGUAAACUAUUGAUUGCUUAGAUUUAUCCUUCACAAAAUUGCCAUAGAUAAAUUAGUUGCCAUAUAAGUUUAUUUCGUGCAUUUACACACUCUGCCAUACAAUGCUACUUCAAGCUACCUUGGUCCUCUACCUACCUCUUAAACAAUUCCUAAUUAGAUAAUUGGAUAUACUAGUACCUUGUUUAGGAUCCCCUUUUUUAUCGUAGCUAAUGUAAGAAGGAAUUUAGGCCUAAAUGAUGUGUUUCUAUUGAUGUAAACUAUAAUCUUGUUCGACACACAAUAGUGUGAACCGAACUGUUUUCAAGUAAAAAUUGUUAUGUCAAACCUACUAUAAUCUAUGACUAUUUCUUUUUAAAUAAUGUGAUCAUUCUACGUACUUAAUAUUCCUCUAAAACUAUUGAUGACCCGUGCCAUUUUAAACACAAGUCUUUUAAGCCCAGCCUUCGGAUACGUUCAUUUAUACAAGAAUAUAGAUAAUAUAUGAAUUUGUAAAUAAGUUGGGCUCCAGUACCUAAUAGAUUAGACCAUAUGUCUUCCGAUCGACGGAACCCGCGAAAGCAAUAAGUAAAUGUAGAAGUUAUUUUACAUUACUGUUCAAGCCAUUGGUUAUAGAGAAUAUUUUAUUUAGGACAAGUUUGAAUGUUUAGCUUAUAUUGUAGUUGUGUAGGUAGGUGUAGUCUGAUAGCCGACUGGGAAAGAAUUUUUUAGUGCAUGAUGAGUUUUUACAAUUGAAAAAUUGUGUCAGAACCAUAAGUAAGAGAUUAAUUAUGGUGUAGCAAACAAACACUUACUGAAACACUAUUCUACCCUAAUUGUAUGUUUUUAAGCUAGUAAUGUAUAAUUACAUAAUGUAGGAAUGAAGAAGGUUGAAUUUACAAUGUAAUUCCCAGUUGGCUCUCAGACUGAACCGUUAGUCGCCUAUUUAAUACGAAUCAUAGGGGACCUUGUAGGUAAAAAUAAAUUCCAAACGUAUUAUACAAAUGCCAUAUUCGUGUAUCCCAACCAAAGCACCAUUUUUUAUUGAAAAGUUAAAGUUUUGGUAUUUUGAUUAAACCUCGGAGUACAAUUUAAGUAAUGUAAGUGAGAUGUGUCGAGCUCUUCUUUUAUCUGUGUGACAGAUACAGCAAUAAGUAUAAUGAAGUAAAUAUAAAGAUAUAUUUAUGUAUAACUUAGCGUGUAAUUGGUGUAUGUAUUACUGAAGUACCGAGGCGUGAGUUUGUAAUGUUAGGUCGAUACGCACAAAGUUAGUGUAGUUACGUGUACGGUCGUGUUCGUGUGUCGCGGCCGAAAUAUUUGACCAUACAGCGCGUAGCUUAAACUAAGGUUAAAGAGAGAUUCCUAAUUACGAGCAAUAUUAAACGCCUAAUGAUAACUAAAUGUGAUGUGGAUGUUAGCUGUGUCUACAUUUAAUUCAUAAUUAGUAGUACUUGUGUACCGGUUGUACCCCUCGAAGUUUCAGCGUAGAUUUUGGUGUAUUUCUCGUGUUUAAUUAAUAUAGUUUGUAUCGUCAAAUGCUUCGUCCGGGAACGUUAAAUGUUGCGUAUUGGGUGACACUUGUGGCCAGAGUGCCAGAGAAGGUGUCAAACUAGGGUAUUUAUCGUUUAGUGGCGCGUAUCGUGCGUGGCCACGAAACGAGCGAGGAAUUGAAUAUACGUGCCUGAAACAAUAUCUAAGUAGCUUUAGAAUUCUUUGAAUGUGAUAAAAAUGGAUUUGAAUAUUUGUGUGCUAAGAAAAUCAUUGUGCCAUUGUUAAUCUUUUUGUCACACACAUGUCGACCGUACUUCGAUGUUAUGAGAAGUAAAAAAGUCGUAAGAAAAUAAUUUCUGCUGGCCUCGCGUCACUCCAUCAGAACUGGGCUAAGUCAUAUAUUAAAUAUAGGCACACGAAAUAAAACAUAUACCGGAAAAGGCACUAACUAUCUCUAAAUUGCAAUUGUAAAAUGAACCAUUUCGCUGGAGUGACGUCCAUCACAUUCAUCGCUCGUUUCGUGGCCCCACAGCGCUCGAGCUUUGCCGUUUGGCAUACAAAGCCUACUUAUCCUAACAAGGGAUUAUAUAACUAUCUAAUUUAGUCCUUAAUGCUGUUUGAAUAAAGUACAAUUUGAUUUGUCAUCACUGGUCGUGUUGAGUUCUCGUAUUAGUAAUAUGUCGAUAGGUUCUAACUCUAGUCAUUAUUGUUUCGUAUAGCUGUUAAUAGAUGUUCAUCUUAACCUGAUAAUGGGUGGUUUGCUGGCCAAAUGGGAGCUUUAUUGCUGAGGAAAUAAAGUUUUUUUUAGCUUACCAAAACAUGAUAAACACAUGUAAUUAUAAAUAAUAUGAAAGAAUAAUAGUUUUGCACGCGUUAGUUACAAUAGAUUUACAAUAGAGAUAAAAAUGUAACACAGAGGGAUAGUGAGUGGGUGGGAAAAAUUUCCAUCAAUGAAUUAUACCCAUGAAUGGAUGUCGCCCUAUUUAGCCAGUGAACCAGCACAAUAUUAUGAAAUAAUAUUGUAGUAUUAGAGUUAUUUGGAACAAACCCUCGUUGUUCACUAGUAGUUUUGCCACGAGUACCAAUAAUUUUAUUGUCUCUGACGGAAUACGAAUUUUUGAUGUUUCUGCUGCCCAUUGUAUGUUAUAGCAACACAAAGACUAUGAGUGUGAGCGUAAUGAAUGUUACCAUUUUCGAAAAUUCGUAUUCCGUAAACUGAUAAGAAUCAGUUGACAGUAUAACUGGCCUAAUUUAUAAUAUCUGUCGUAUGUAUUUAUUCGUAUAUAGCUGUUUAUUUAUUUCUUGACGCGGAAUUUUAGCUCUUUAGAUAUUUACUAAUUGGCGUUGGCAACAUUUGUUGAAAUUAUGAGCUGGUGUUGCCAGUUUCAAGUGCAUUUUCGUGUGAGCGUAAUGCUAGUUGGACUGUGUAAGGCGUUGUGUUCGUAUUACAAACUGAUGUUACAUUAGAACGUACUCAGUCAACUAGCAUUAUGUUUAGUGAGCAUUCACAAACUUCGUACUUGGUUCGUGUAAAGUUUCGUCAUCCAGCGCACCUACUAGCGUUUACUAAAUAGUUGUUGAGAGCGCGUAGUCACUAUGUACUUGAAAUUGACGCUUAAAACGUAUUUAAAUUUUAACGUUUAAUUAAUAUAUUCCAUAGAUUAGAUGGUUAUUAAGAGAGUAUAUUAUUACCCUACAGUAGGUGAUUUGAACAAUAAAUAAAUAAAAAUAUUUCGUGUUUUUAUGUACAAAAAUUUUAUAUGUUGAAAGAAAUUGUUGUAAUAUUUUUGUUUGGUCGAUAUAUUUAUAAAUACAUAUUUAGAUAUUUACCUAUUUUGUUAUGUGUAAUAAUUUAUAACACCAAAUAGUACCUUUCAGAUUUGUAUUUAUAUUUAUUGCAAGAAUUGUAAGCAGUGUGUAGAGAUUUUGUUGAAUAAAUGUCAUGUUUCGAAA